AAGUGAGGGUAUAUUAGUGUAAAGUGAGGUAAGGUAUAGGGUUUUAAAUGAUAGUUAGCCUUUUGGUGCUUUGUAACGUUUUGGGGUUAAUUUAGGAGUGAGAUGGAUCGCGUGAAGGCAAUUCAGCGUGACAUACAGAAAUUGCUGGAGCACGUGUUGGAGUUAUUGCAGGCGAUAUAUAUGCGACCAGCAGGAGGUGGGGUACCGAUUAAGUACUCACCACCAGACAUUGGUAUACCAAACAUUAAUAUCAACCAGAAGGGAGGAGGAGGCGGUGGAGGAGGAGGCGGCGGCGAGGAAAAAGGUGGCGGUGGUAAUGGAGGAGACGGUAGCAAGCAAAUGGUAAAUGUGUACAACUUAUUUUCGAACGGAAUUGAUGUCUAAUCUUCGUCAUAGAUCGAAGAGGAUGGACACUAAUAAGUACUUAAUUUGCUUUCAAGUUGCUUAUGGGAUGUAUCUGUAUUAUCAUGUCCUAGCUAGCUAGCACGGACUUUAUGUUGCCAUCUUGAUGAGAAUAAAUAGAAGCGUCGACUUCUACUUUGUUGCCUAUAUUGUAUGUGGCUUGUAUUGUAAUAUGGAAUAAUGUUGUUAGAUAUUUUCUUCU